AUGUUGUCUUGCCCUCCAGUGUCCAGUGGCAAAUACAGAAACGAAUUCUCAAACAAGAUUCCUUGCACCAGUGGUGUGUCGCAAGGUGGGGCCCUUUCCCCCCUGUUAUUCCUAAUGUACACUGCGGACCUGCCCGAAAUUCUGAAAGUUCGUCCAAGUGUCAAGAUUAGAAUGUGUGCAGAUGAUAUCAGAAUAUACUGUUCUUACGCCAGCCAUGAGCAACCUGAGGCACAUAGAAUGUUGAGCUUAGUCAUAGAGAAGAUGUUGGAGUGGUGUAACAGAUGGGAUAUCCCCCUCAAUCGUGCCUCAAUAAGGAGCGAGUCGUCUGUGAAUGACCUUGGAGUUCUUGUUAAUGACUUAUUGACCUUCAAUGACCAUUUUACUACUGUUGCAAGAAUAGCUCUCAAUUCGCUUUUCGUGAUCCUGAGGAACGUUCAUAGAAAUGCACCUGCUCUGCUA